AUGUCGGGUCUCAGCAUCUUCUUCGAGGAAUACAACUUCUCCAAGGCCAAGCGAUGGCUGGUCGAGACCGAGCCCUUCCAGCUCAAGUGUGUUGCCGUCUACGUCGUCGCCAUUUGGGCCAUCAAAUUCAUCCAGAGCUCCCGGAAGCCAUUCGACCUGAAAGUCCCUCUGAUCCUGUGGAAUGCUGCUUUGGCCAUAUUCAGUAUCUUAGGUGUUGUCUACACUACCCCAACCUGGAUCCGAGUUAUCAGCAAGCAUGGUAUUUCCUGUAAGUAUUAUAUCUUUUUUAAGUAAACAAACAAACCUCACGAGUUUGAUUUUAAAAGUUCGCAAAGUUGACUGAAAGAUCAUGAAUAUAAGUCUCGUGUUAGCACAGAUUAUACUGUAGUUUAAGUUAAGCAAAUAUAGUUUUUAAUCUUGAUGUGAACGUGCGAAUUAUAAAUAAAAAAUUAAGCAUAAAGAAGAAGUUCAAAAUAAAACAAAAUAGUUUAGAAAAAAAUUUAAAAAACUGUUUUCAGACACCUACACCAAUGUAAGUGAAAUGUAUACUGACAAGACCGCCGGAUACUGGACCUUCUUGUGGGUAGUCUCCAAGAUCCCCGAACUCGUCGACACCAUCUUCAUCGUACUCCGCAAAAAGCCGUUGAUGUUCAUGCACUGGUAUCACCACGCCCUCACCGGCUACUUCGCUUUCCACACCUUUUACUCAGAGAACGUGUACAUGAUCUGGGUCGUCUGGCUGAACUACAUCAUUCACUCCGCCAUGUACUCCUACUACUGUCUCCGUGCCUGUCAGAUCCGUGUCCCACCUCAGGUAGCUCAGUUCAUCACCUCUGCCCAGAUCGUGCAAUUCCUCAUUACCCAUGUUGUCAUGAUCCACACUGCCUACUUGGCCUGGGUGGUUGGAGCUAAGGUUUCGGUCACUCCCUAUGGAUUCUUCGUUGGAGGCUUCAUGGAGUUCACUUACCUGCUUCUGUGGUUCCGCUUCUACUACGAGUCGUACUACAAGACCGGAGGCAAGAAGUACGUGCAACAUCAACAGAAGGUGGAGAAGUCACAAUAA